AGGUUGUGCCUGUCUCCAAGAGCUCCACACUGUUCAUUUGUUCUCAUUCUCUCCUAGGCUGAGUCCAGUGUGGCUCCUACCCAAAGAAAACCCAUCAGUGGUGAUGUUGCAGGAGAGGUCUCACGUGAGGGCCCUCGACUGGAAGGGCAGCUUUGCACUUCUGUAGCUGAUGGGAGAGGACAACAGCUUGGUAACAGGAGCUACCAAGAGCUGGCAGGAUGAGCUCCAGCUCACCCUCUGUGCAUGACUUGCAUCACAGCACCCCCACCAUGGCCAAGCCAGAGCCAGGGACAGCUCUGGAUGUGACUGUACCACAAACACCCACCAUAAGCCCUGAGACUACCAGUUUCAACAGCACCAAAAUCCCAGAUAUGGCCAGCACUGGACCUGGCAUGAGCACCAUGCUGCUUUCCUUUGGGAUCAUUACUGUGAUUGGGUUGGCUGUAGCAAUGGUUCUGUAUAUCAGGAAGAGGAAGAGGUUGGAGAAGCUAAGGCACCAGCUCAUGCCCAUGUACAACUUUGACCCCACCGAGGAACAGGAUGAGCUGGAGCAGGAGCUGCUGGAACAUGGGCGAGAUGCAGCAUCUUCCCAGGCAUCACAGAGCAAGGUGCUGCUGCCGAGCCAGGGAGCCGUGCAGAGACCCAGCCGCCUGGUGUUCACCGACGUGGCCAACGCCAUCAACGCGUGACGGGGCUGCGCCGCCGGGAUGAGCCAGCUAGCAGUGACUGCCCUCAGGCGUGCCUGGUCCACUGAGCCCAGCCUGUCACCUCUUGGUUUGUGGUACAAACAGGCACGGGAAGUGCCAGCGCUCUGGGAAGCAAACCCUUUGUAAGGGCAGUGGUGAUUUCUGUGUGCGUGUUACCACUGUAAGGUCCUGAGCUCCAGCUUCUGGGCUGGCACUGCCUGACACCACCUGCCAAGCCUUGUGCUUAGGGACAGUGCCUGCUUUGUGCGGAUUAACCUGUCAGAGCACAGAGCUGUGCUCUCUGGAUAAGGGGAGGAGAGAGGUGCACAUUUCAGAGAUCUCCUCUGGGUUUGUGUGCCCAGGACCCAAGGAAAAUGAUGGAUGAGCCUCUCUGCAGUGACCACAGCUCUGGCAGGGACUGGUGGCAAAGCCUCUUUGAGCCAGGAGAGCUUCCUGCCCCAGCUGAGGGGUGACCUGGGGCACAGCAGGGACAGCACAGCCACGGGAUUAUCCCCUUCCAGGCCUGUGGCUGCUGAUAAAUGUGCAUCAGGGUCAUGUUGAAGCACAGGAAAUUCACUGGCUUUAAAAAGUGAAACAGUGAACGUUUGGCCAACAACAACUGAGGAAGUGGCUGAAUAUCCCAAAUUAGAGCUACUGUAUAGACAGAGGAGAUUUCACACAGCUAGAGGCAGGGACUGUCACUGUCUGGCUAUGUGAGCCCUGCUGCUGAGCUGGAAAUAACAGUGCUUGAGCUACAAAGAGGAGUUGAGCAGAACUAGGGUUCCAAUACCAUUUAUCCCCUCCUGCUUUGGCUCAGGAAAGUUUGUAUAGUACAGAGUGUUAUCCAGGAAAAAAGAUUAAGCUUUGAAAUGCUUUCUUUUAAAAAAGGAAAAACUUGUAUUGGCUCAACAACAGCCCAAUGUCUGCCCCCAGAGAUGACUAACAGCUGGUUUGUACUUCCUUACCUGCCAGGACCUGCAGUCAGAGCCUUCUCUUCUUCCUGCUGAAGGGAACACACAGCUUUGCCUUAGCCUCUGCUCGAGUUACCCGCUAGGAACAGGUAGGUGGGACUAGACAGGUAAGCCAGGGGUUUCCCUGUAGCAUCUCUCUACCUGUGCAUCCUUCAGGGCUGCAGAAGGAGAGUGUGCAGAGGGGUCUCUGGCCACCUUGGCCUGUGGCAGUGCUAUGUGGGGGCCUGGUGGCUGCAAGCCUUUUGGUGGGCACUGGCCCGGAGUGCUGCAGACCAGCAUCAGUGCCCAGCCAUGCCCUGAUCACCUCCUGAUCUUUGUGUGGUUAUAGGCAUUUGUCAGUCAGAUUUUAUUCCAUACACAGCACCAGUUAAAAGGGAAUCAGGGCAAGCCAAAGUUUGAAUGCAGAUCUAAAGCUUUAUGCAAGGAGUUGUUUCAGAGUGGCAGUUCAGGUAUCACGCGCUUUGUUGAAAGUUUGGACCUGCCAGUUAGUUUUUGUUCUCCUAAAUGUUUUUUUCUUCCUCUGUGUGAUUGUUUUUCCCAUAUUCUUUAAAUGCAGGCUCUUUCCUGGGCCCAUGCCCCUGACCCCUGCAGGGCACAGCUGCUUACCAGCCUUCCCUCAGGGCAGCUUUGCAGAGCUAAAUUACUUUAGUUUCUCAGUAGCCAGAUGUCAUUUUUGAACUAGGGAUUUCUGGGAGUAUAUUAGGGGUUGAAGUGUGGAAAACAGCCCUGUUUCCUAGCCAGGAGAUCUAUCAGGACAAACUCCCAAGGCAGCUGCUGCAUGACCCUAGGGAUGCAGCUGGAAGGAAGGUGCAUGGGUACAGAUACUCAGUGUAAUGCAGAUUAGGUGCUUAGAAUUUGGAGUCUGGCUCUGGGUAUUCCCAGUGAUCAGCUGAGAGACAAAUACCUCCCAACACACACCCCAGCUCCUGCAAGUGCUCACUGAGAGCAGCCACACAUCUCAUUUCUCCCUUCACUGUCUGUCCCCUUUCCAUGCUCUGCAGCAGCACAGGGAUGCACGGGGCAGUAGGGGUGUCCAGCUGUCUUAAAUUGCAGCAUUUUCCCCAGAACUCUUGAGAUUGGAAGUUCAGUGGUUGUUUUAAACUCAAUGAAAGUGUGAGCUGAGCUGUUUCUUCGAUGUGUCAGCCCAGUGUGUGCCCUUGUCCCAGCUCCAUGUGCUGGAGCACAACAAACACACCUACAGGGGAAUUCUCCUGAAACAUUCUCCCUGUGAUGGUAGGCUUUGUCCUGUGAUGACUGCCCUUAGAGCAAAGAAGUACAGACAGUAAGACUGAAAGAAUAUUAUGGGUAAUUGCUGGGCUCAUACUGGAGUAUUCUUUUAGUUCCCUAGCACCUCCUCUCAGUUCUUGGAUGUAUAAUUUAGCAGAAGCAUUAUGAUGUAAUUUAAUUCAAGUGUUUCUGUGUUUUAAAGCAUUGAAAUAUAAUUAAACU